AUGUACCUAUCACCAAGUCCUUUGCGAAAUUCAAUAUUCGUUUCAAACCGGUUGACAAAUGCAAAUAAUCUUUCACAAAUUUCGAGUCCUUCAGAAAAUUCGAUUUAUUAUAAAGUGAAUCAGUCGAAUAGUCUUCUUAGUCAAAACUUUCCACCAGUUACCAGUCCUAUACAAAAUACAAGUUUGAAUACUUCAACCUCUCGGUUCAUUCAACCACCGUUGUUGGAUAGUUUUAACACGCAGAGUCCAAUUAACUCACCUUUAAACUUGGUACCAUCUGGUUCAACUAUUACCAAAAAUAGUUACGAACCGACUCAUAGAUGCACUACUUGUGGGCACGUUCACACCUGUAAUGAUUGUAAACAAAUUUCUAACCUUCAACAAGUUAUUGAUCCACCGGAAAAGAAAAUUCACGAACCUAUAAUUAUAAAUACUGCAAAGGCGAUGGGCAGAAUGAAUAGAAGGAUGGCAAAUGGACCUUAUUUCCGUCCUGAAAGGUCUAGGAAUGUUUUAAUUUCACAAGACGAAAUUUUACAUCGUACGAUGGCCGAUCCUAAUUUGAAUUUUGCAGACAUUGUUAAUCAAGUUGCAAAAGAAAAAGAGCAAGAACAGGAAAUAGCCAUGAUUACUGGCAAUUAUCCAUAUCAUCAAAAUGAAUAUCAACAAACUGUUUUGUCGUCCCAAAACGAUGGGCAAUCCGUUCAGGAUCUUCAACCUAUUUUUUCGACUGACGUUAGCGGUACAAGUGUUCUUUUACAAGGAAGUACUUCUUCACAACCUUCACAGGAACAACUUCUAAAUUCCAACGCAACGAUAUUAACAACGCCGGAUGUAACAAUCAUAUGCAAUGAGCAAUCAUCUCCUACCCUGUCACCUAUCAUAAGAGAUUCUAAACUUGUUGAUAAUUCUUUGGGAUACAAAAAGGCAAUUGUACAGUAUGCUUUGCCAAGGAAAAAUGUUGUAGCAGCAAAACCUCGUCCUAAUCCUGUAACACCAACCAUUAAGGUUAGCAAUAAUGGCGAUAAGUUAAAGAACUUGAAAGAUUACUUAAACAAAUUAUGGGUUUGGUAG